AGUGAGGUUAUGUCAUGCAGAUCAAGUACUCUAAUGAAUGCAGAUUAUGUGAAGUGAACCCAGUAUAAAUCAGGUGUAAAUCAAAGUACAUAUGCUGUUGAUUCGUAUUUAAUUGUUCAGGUUAAAUAGCAAUGGGUGACGAUAGUAAUAAAAGUAGCAUCUCGGGCAAUCCUACCUUGGAUACUUUAGCACGAUACUUCAUCGGAAACAAUUACAGGUAUCGAGAGAACAUCAUCAUUCCGCGGUCUGUUGCUCCCACCGUCAUCAAAUCAAAUGAAGAAAAAAUGAUAGAAGCAUUUUUCGAAAGUUGUCCUUUUAAAACUUUAAUGAGCUGUGUUGUUGGUUAUGGGCUUGGAGCUGCCAUAGGUUUGUUUUCCUCGAGUGUCGGGCCCUCAAUGGCAGUUUCUCCAAUUGAUGGGAAAGAACAAACAGUCAAGGAGAUCUUGAAAGAAAUGAAAGUGACAACUUUAGGAUAUGCUAAAAAUUUUGCAAUGGUUGGAGCUAUGUUUUCAGCAGUUGAGUGCACAAUCGAAAGUUAUCGAGGCAAAACUGAUUGGAAGAAUGGAACUUAUGCUGGAGCAGUGACUGGUGGAGUAAUUGGACUGAGAGCUGGUGUAAAAGCAGGAGUACUUGGGGCAGCAGGAUUUGCUGCAUUCUCAACUGCAAUUGACUAUUACAUGCAUUCGUGACCUAGUUAGUCGAAAUACACACUUAGUCAACCACAACAUCUAAGAUAAAUACGGUCGAUAUGUACAGUCAUGUUUAAACUAUGCUUCUGUUCAGUCUGCCCUCCACAUUAUUUCCAUGACCGAUUACACCCUCAGCAUUUUUCUUAUCAGAAUGAAGGAAAAUGGUGAGGCACACCAGUCUGACCGCAGUCAGGUGUUUUAUUUUAUUUAUUUUUAUUAUUUUUUUUAGUCAGUUUCAUAAUCUCUGAACUUCUUAAGUUUUGAUGAGCACCAUUUUAUCCAUGUAUGAUGAGUUGAAUAAAUAGCUGAGGUGCUAGGUAUUCACUUGUAUUCUAUUUCAUAAGUUUGAAGCCGAAAAGCUGAAAAGCUUCAGCUUCAAAAUUAUAAAAAGAAUAAAAGUAAAUACCUAAGACCUUGGCCAUUUGUUCAACUCGUCAUACAUUUAUAAGUUUCUCUGAACUUUGUAAGUUUCUCUGAAUUUCAUGAAAUUGGUCUCUUGAUGGUUACGAAGCAUCAUCCAUCCAAAUAGUAAAUGUAUAUUGUUGUAAAUAUUUCUGUGAUUUGAAGUUUAUUGUUGAAUAUAAAGUUAUUAUACUUAUUCAUCAGUUAA